AUGGGCCGAUUACCGGUUUCAAGCAAGGUCCUCAAAGUCUAUGGGAUUCAGGCUCAAUCAGCAUCCCUUGCUGCAGGCGAUGGGGAGGCCUGGCUGGUUCCAGAUUGUAGCAUUGACACGCUCUCCACCAAUGCCAGCCAGGAGCUGCGAGGCCUGGGUAUUCCCAAGGUGUCAGGCCUAGAGCGCAGUCAAGAGAAGAGCGAGGAGACGUCCCGUGAACUCUCCUCGGCCACCCCCUCACUGGUGCCCACUUCCCAUCCCAAACCUCCCCUCCCCGCCCCUCUUCACAUCCAGCCAUCCCGCUCUAACCGGGGGAUACCCUUGCCCCCAAGCCCAGUCCAAACCCAGCACCCUUGCCCAGACCGUCCACUUAAACCGCUGUCGCCCCCUACCACCCUUCCUCAAACCCAGGGCCAACAGCCCUCUCAGGCACCCCCAGCCCAGCCUCAGCACCCACCUGAGCCUCCACCUCGCCCAAGGCCACCUCAAACUCCAGGCAUCUAUAAUCACCCCCCAUCACCAGCGCUACCGUCCCAGCAGAACCCCACCCAACCAGUGCAGCACAGACCGCCCUCUCGUUGCCAUCCGCGCCCAAUCUCGGCCUACAGCAGCAGCCUUACCCUCAACGGCCUGAGCAGCAGUCAAAGCAGCACUCCAGGGAAGCUCCCGGGCCCCUCUCCAGCCCCUCACCUGCACCAUCACCAACCUGCCCCCACUGGGGCAGCAGCCUCCUUCCCCCUGCCCCUGCCGGCAAACCCCACGGCUUCGCAAACCUUCCCCCCCUCCCUGCCGCCCUCCACUCUUCCUCAUCACACCAAUAUGUUUGCAUCGCCUGCUGCUCUGCCUCCACCUCCUCCUCUCACCUCAAACACUCUGCCGGUCCCCGGACACCCAGCUGGGAGUGCCUACUCAGAACAAGACCUUCUCCGGCAGGAAUUAAACACUCGUUUCCUGGCAUCUCAGAGUGCUGAUCGCGGGGCAUCACUGGGUCCCCCUCCAUACCUGCGGACUGAGUUCCACCAGCACCAGCAUCAGCACCAGCACCAGCACACACACCAACACACACACCAGCACACAUUCACCCCUUUCCCCCACUCCAUCAUGCCCACGCCUGCACCACCCAUGUUCGACAAAUACCCCACUAAAGUCGACCCCUUCUACAGACACAGCCUGUUCCACUCUUACCCCCCAGCAGUGUCUGGCAUUCCACCCGUCAUCCCGCCAACGGGGCCCUUCGGAUCUCUGCAGGGAGCGUUCCAGCCCAAGACCUCAAACCCUCUAGAUGUGGCAGCCAGGCCUGGAGCCGUCCCACACACACUCCUUCAGAAAGACCCUCGGCUGACAGAUCCGUUCCGGCCGGUUCUCAGGAAACCAGGAAAGUGGUGUGCUAUACAUGUCCAUAUAGCCUGGCAAAUUUACCACCAUCAACAGAAAGUAAAGGAUUCAGUGGGGAAUGGAGAGCCCUUCAACAGACCUUCAUUUGGAGGUCUAACCUCAUUAACCACUGCAGCCUUUGGUGGACUGGGAAACCCAGCACUCGCAUCCAACUCUGUAUUUGGCCACAAAGAUGCACCCAGCGCACAACAGCACUUCAGCGGACCCCACGAGCCAUGGAACAGACUCCACCGUACUCCGCCAUCCUUCCCCACCCCACCUCCCUGGCUCAAACCUGGAGACACUGAACGCAGCGCAUCAGUUAGCUCCCAUGAGAGAGAACGAGAACGAGAACGAGAAAGGGACAGAGAGAGAGAACGUGACCUGGACAAGAGGGAUUCAUCAGUCAACAAGGAUGAUAAAGAGCGGGAAACUGCGGAAAAGAGGCACCAGAAUCACCCAUCCCCGAUUCCUGUUAACCCCCUCACUCUGAUGAGUCACACCCGAUCAUCUGAGCCUUCCCGGAACCACAUCCCUUCUAGUGAGUCUCGGGAUAAGGACAAGCCCAAAGAUCGUGAGAGAGAACGAGAGCACUCGGACUGGAAAGACUCCAACACAGAUGAGCACAAGGUGAAGGAGAAUCACCACAGUGACAAAGACACUCCCGUCAUCCACGACAGCCGGGUUUCUGAAGACAAGCUGGCAAAUCGGGUUACAGCAUCACCCUACAUGCGGCCAGGCACCAUAGAUCGGGUGAACGGCGGGCUGACUCGAGAUGUUCUGGAGAAGAAGAGCGAUAUCACCUAUGAGAAGAAAAACAGUGAGGUGAAGGUGAAAGAAGAGCGAAAAGAGGAGCAGGAUGGUCCCACAGGGAGAUCCCCGGAGCAGAGAUCCACACCACAAGCACCUCCUCCUGCUCCUCCUGCUGCUCUCCACCCUCCAUCUUCAAUGCCUGUACCCAUGGGCAUGCCCAGUAUGCAUCCCAUAAACAGUAUCAGUAGUCUGGAGAGGACUCGUAUGGUGGCCCCCUUCAUGGGUAUCAGCCCCAUCCCAGGGGCAGAGCGCUUCCCCUAUCCCGCUUUUCAUUGGGAUCCCAUGAGGGACCCUUACCGGGGACUCGAAAUCCACCGGAGGGAUCCGUUAGCUCGAGAUCUGCUACUGCGGAAUGAACCCCUGCACCGGUUAGCAGCGCCGCGCCUUUAUGAAGCAGAGCGCUCGUAUCGGGACCGUGAGCCUCAUGACUUUAACCGAGACCUCCCUCACGGAUUGACCUUGGAACAGCGGCGGGAACAAGAGCGGGCGCACAUAGAGGAGCGGGAACGUCUCCACUUGCUCCGAGAAGACUACGAGCAGGGGCGUCUGCACCUGAUGCAUCACCCCGCUUUAGACGGACACCUCCCUCACCCGGGUCUCAUGGCCCCUGGACUUCCCAGCAUGCACUACCCCCGUGUUAGCCCCUCCUCUGCCGUAGCUGCCCAGAAUGGAAUCCUCAACAAAACCCCUCCCACCGCAUCACUCAGUGCCCCACCCCCUCUUAUCCCAACCCUGGGAGCUCGUUCCAUGUCUCCCAGACGGACUACCCCACUUGGCACUGACAUUAGAGACAGACCCCCUUCACACACACACAAAGACAUCGAGGCACGGUGAGACCACUGAUGGACUGAAAUGGAACUCAAAAGCAAGCACUUGAGGCUGUAUCAUAUCUGUGUAUAGAUUGUGCAUUACUGAUUGUUUUUUUGUGCAUUUUGCUUUUGUACAAAAGACUGAGAUUUUUCAUGCUCUUUUAUCCUGUUCGUUGCGGUGUAUUCUUAAACAUGUACAGUACACUGAUCUCGAGCAAGUGGACAAGCGCUAGAUCUCCCAACAUGGAAAAAAUGGUCUUGGAAUGUACAGGUACAAAAAGGCAGAACUUGUAGAUAUGUGUAAAGUCGGUGUAUUUCUCUCCUUGAGGGAAAAAAAAUUAAGGUACAAUUAUGCAAAUGGGUGUUAUGAAAGCUUUACUUUGAAAUGCUGUACAUAGUGGGCAGUGAUCAAAUGGAUAGCGAGUGGACGGUCUCUGGUUUUAGUUUCAUGCUGCAUAUUAAUGGUUUGGAAAGCUCAUAUUGUCCAAGAGAUCACAUCCCUUCUUUCAACUAUGCAACUCAUGCGUGGGCGCUCUCUCUGUAUCACUUUUUCUCUCCUCUAGAGCAGUGGUUCCCAACCCUGGUCCUGGAGGCAC